AUUGGUGGCGAAAGCCAUUUCGGAAUCACUGGGUCGACCGAUGUUUGCCCUGCGCCAGAGCGUCGUCCGUGCCCAAGUCGCCCGCGCGUCCGUGGCGGUCCGCAGCUUCGCCGCCCCCGCCAAGGCCCCUGCCAAGGCCAAGGACAAGAAGGGCGGCCCCAAGGUGCUUGAGGAGGCCGUCGAUAUCACCAAGUACGCCCCCGUCAACAUCCUCAAGGAUGGCGCGCACCCCGAGCUCAAGCCCCGGGAAGAGUACCCUGAAUGGCUCUUCACGCUCCUCGAGCCCAAGCCGACGCUCGGUGAGCUCGAGCGCAAGGGCUAUGAGAACUUGGAGUCGAUGGAGGACAAGCGGCGAUUGAUCAAGCUGUCGUACCGCCGUGCGAUCAAGGAGAAGAAUGCGUCCAAGUCCAAGAAGUAAAAGGCCUACCGCAGUGUGUUUGAUAGAUAGAACAAGCAAACAAGACCUUGUUUGCCGUAUUCUCUAGUUCAAUGCGCUGCCGCCAGAGAAGUGCUACGCGUCGCCACGA